CGGCGUCAGACGCGAGGGGCAGCUGUGGCCCGCUAGUGACGUCAUGUCACCUCCCGCUGUUGCGUGACGUCUCGAGACACCAGGAAGCUGCCAAUCUGCGCGCGCGCUCACUGAGAUCCGAGCUGACGCUUCUUCCGACGCUUCCUCAGCAGAAUUGGUCUGAUGGAGCAAAGGCACUCAGCGCAGCCUGGAACAAAACGACAAUGGGGCCAGGAUGCAAACAGCAUGGAUUAUGCUGGAAGCGUGACACGGCACCAGAGAACUCAAACAGGAGAGAAACCCUUCAAGUGCACUGUGUGUGAGAAGACAUUUACAGUAUCAUCAUAUCUUAAAAAACACCAGAGAACGCACACAGGAGAGAAACCCUUCAAGUGCACUGUGUGUGAGAAGGCAUUUACAGAGUCAUCAGUUCUUCAAAAACACCGGAGAACACACACGGGAGAGAAACCCUUCAGGUGUUGUGUGUGUGGGAAGGCAUUUUCAGAUUCAUCUGUUCUUAGAAAACACCAGAAAACACACACGGGAGAGAAACCCUUCAGGUGUAGUGUGUGUGGGAUGGCAUUUUCAGAUUCAUCUGUUCUUAAAAAACACCAGAGAACACACACGGGAGAGAAACCCUUCAGGUGUAGUGUGUGUGGGAAGGACUUUUCAGAUUCAUUCGCCCUUAAAACACACCAGAAAACACACACAGGAGAGAAACCUUUCAAGUGCACUAUCUGUGAGAAGGCAUAUGCAUGGUCAUCAGGUCUUCAGGUCCACCAGAGAACACACACGGGAGAAAAACAUUUCAAGUGCAGCUUGUGUGAGAAGACAUUUUCAAGUUCAUUUUGUUUAAAAAUUCACCAGAGAAGACACACAGGAGAGAAACCCUUCAGGUGCACUCUGUGCGAGAAGCCCUUUGCAGAUUCAUCAAAUCUUAGAAAACACCAGAGAACACACACAGGAGAGAAACAUUUCAAGUGCACUUUGUGUGAGAAGGCAUUUGCACAGUCAUCAAAUCUUCAGAGGCACCAGAGAACACACACAGGAGAGAAACCCUUCAAGUGCACUGUCUGUGAGAAGGCAUUUGCAUGGCCAUCAGAUCUUCAGAUCCACCAGAGAACACACACGGGAGAAAAACAUUUCAAGUGCAGUUCAUGUGAGAAGACAUUUUCAAGUUCAUUUUGUUUAAAAAUGCACCAGAGAAGACACACAGGAGAGAAACCCUUCAGGUGCACUCUGUGCGGGAAGUCCUUUGCAAAUUCAUCACAUCUUAAAAAACACCAGAGAACGCACACAGGAGAGAAACCCUUCAAGUGCACUCUGUGCAGGAUGCACUUUGCAGAUUCAUCACAUCUUAAAAAACACCAGAGAACGCACACAGGAGAGAAACCUUUCAAGUGCACUGUCUGUGAGAAGGCAUUUGCAUGGUCAUCAGAUCUUCAGAUCCACCAGAGAACACACACAGGAGAGAAACCCUUCAAGUGCACUGUCUGUGAGAAGGCAUUUGCAUGGUCAUCAGGUCUUCAGAUCCACCAGAGAACACACACAGGAGAGAAACCCUUCAAGUGCACUGUCUGUGAGAAGGCAUUUGCAUGGUCAUCAGGUCUUCAGAUCCACCAGAGAACACACAUGGAAGAGAAACCCUUCCGGUGCCUUUUGUGCGAUAAAGUGUUUGCAAAGACAUCAGAUCUUCAAAAACACCAAAGAACACACACAGGAGAGAAACCCUUCAAGUGCACUGUGUGCGGAAAGGCGUUCACACGGUCAUCAUAUCUUCAAAGGCACCAGAGAACACACACAGGAGAGAAACCCUUCAAGUGCAGUGUGUGUGGGAAGGCAUUUUCAGAUGAAUCACAUCUUAAAAUACACCAAGGAACACACACAGGAGAGAAACCCUUCAGGUGCACUCUGUGCGGGAAGCACUUUGCAGAUUCAUCACAUCUUAAAAAACACCAGAGAACGCACACAGGAGAGAAACCCUUCAAGUGCACUGUCUGUGAGAAGGCAUUUGCAUGGUCAUCAGGUCUUCAGAUCCACCAGAGAACACACACAGGAGAGAAACCCUUCAAGUGCAGUGUGUGUGAGAAGGCAUUUGCACAGUCAUCAGUUCUUCAUCGACACCAGAGAACACACAGGCAUCAGAAGAUCCCCAAGGAGUGUAGUCUGAAAUCGACUUUUGAAAGUCAAAGUGCUGCAAUGAGCCCAUCCCUCCUGAAAAAAGAACCAGAAGUGAAUUCCGGCCUGGACAUUAUGAAAUGUUUAAAGGUGAAAUUUGAAGAGGUGACAGUGAAGAGCGAAGAAGUGAAGGUAAAAUGUGAAGAUGUGAUGAAGAGCGAAGAAGUGAUGGUAAAAUGUGAAGAUGAACAUUCAACUCCAAAAUCAGACUUUCACAUCAAUGGAGGCAACGUGAAGCAGGAGGAGAAUUCUGACUGUGAGGCAGAGCGAGGCAACUCCCAGCAGUUUGUGGAAGUGGAGGUGUGGGUGGACUUCUUAGACAAUACAAAGUCAAAUGGCGACCCUGUAGAUGUGUAAGCUUGAGACAAUGAGGCUCCAAUAGAUUCACCUUUGUCACAGGCCUUUAAUGAAAAGAACGUGAAGUUGAACACUCCAUUCCUAAGUUCAACCUGCAGAGUAAGAGCGGCCAGUAUUGGCGGACCUGUGGGUUGGGUAGAUCUCUAACUAGGAGCCAGAGCCAAUAUGCUCCCAAGCUUUCACUAUGUUAUUAUAAUAUUAACAUGUAUAUGGUGCUUGCUUAUUCGCCUCAACAACUCGGAGUUUUGUAUCAUAUCUCAUCAAAAACACUCGAAGCCUUUUGGCGUCCUCUUGUCGAAAAUGGUUUGAUACUAGGCUCGAAAGAAAGCUGUCUCUGGUGUGGACCAAUCAGUUUCAAAGACAAUGCAUAUAUUAUCAGUGUUUUUUGUUUGCAUUCUGACCCCAAGUAUUGUGGUUAAUGCAAAAAGGUUUCAGUUUGGUGUUUUAACAUCUCAACACCUGAUUUGUUGCCAUAAAAAAGGGGAAACAUAUUCUCACUCAAAGAGCAAGUUGUAUAUAUAACCAAGUAAUUAUGAAAGUAUUAGACCUAUAGUCAUUCAGAAGUGAUACAAUGCGAAUGGGUCAAGCACACACGACCAAGAUAAUAUGUAUUCCACAGGAUCAGAGCCUCAUCAACAGCCUUUGGCCUCCAGUAGCUAACAGCACAUGGUAGCAGUAAAUUAUGUAUGCAGCGGGGCGCCUCCCCCUAAUAUAUCAUAUACCAUGCAAGAAUUCCAAACCGCGACGUGAGUGCAGUGAACGCUGCUCAAAACGUACUUGGAGUCACUUGCAGAGUCAAAACUAUGGAAAGUGAUACGGUUCCAAGCUAUAAGAGGUGUAAAAUAAAAAAUGUUUUGCUUCCAACCCGUGAUGAGAGAACGGAAUACAUGGCGACAGCAAGCACACCCGUGCACAAUAGGUCACUACUUCAAAGGCCACAGCACCCCUUUUUGAGAAACACUGCAAGUCUCAUGCGAAAAAAAUGUAACACAACCCGUGAUGGGAGCGUGGGGUAUGCUGCCCAAAACAUGAACAGAAACAUGGCGGUAAUAUAGACAUCUGGACAACAAACAGCCCAAGCGACUUCAAAAGGAAAACAGCUGCCCCUUCAUGAGAAGAAAGAGCCUGAGGUGAAAAAAUUCAGAUAUAAGCAAGAAUGCAAGAACAGAAAUCAGUACUACUCAAAUAAUUGCCCCACUGCGACUGGAGAAGUCCGAACCAUCAAGCACAUCACCGUUGAAUGCUCCAUCUAUGCACAUCCUGGUGGUAUCGCUGAAAUCCACACU